CUUCAGAGCAGUUGGACAUUCCAGGACAUUGCCAGGGCCAAAAAUGAAGUUGAUGGUCACAUGCUGGCCACAAGGAAGAAAAAAUCAGAGGGAUCCUUGAAGAUGUGGGGUGUACUUUGAAAUGAAAGAGCAGCUCUGGAACAGGGCAUUUCUUGUGGCUGUUAUUCCUGGUUGUGACACAUUUGGUUGCUAUUAUUACCCAUCUGGGAAGCAAGGGAAGGCUACACAACCUCUAGGGUCCCUUCUGGCUCUGACUCUGAAGCUUUGUUCCUUGGGUGUACACAGCAAGUGAAAAGACUUGGAACUCCAAAAGGACUUUAUUUAUUGGACUUUAUUCAGUUCUGCUCUGUGAUGAAUGUUGUGAAACAAGCUGCUUAUCCCCCUAAAUCUGGCGACUAACUCUAAAGGAACCCUCCAUUCCAGUGCCGCGCGGAGUCAGGGCGCUGGGCUCCCCCGCCUGAUGUCACCGGCGAGCAGUCAGCCCAGAGGCGGCUCGUGGAAACAGACCCUUCCCGUAGCUGCUGGGCGGUGGCACCGCUGUCCGCAGACCCGCCGCGGGCUGGUCAGCCGGGAGCCUCUAGCCCGCGUUCCGCGCCCCGCCAGCCAGCCUGAGCGCCUGGCGUGGACCUUUGAACUUGGAGUCGCUGCCUCGUCCCCUCUCUCCUCCUCCUCCCUCUGACAGGCGAGCAGCGAGCCUUUUGGUGCAGGCAGGAGACGUGCUGGUCGCUGUGCUGCCCGCCCGCCCGCCGAGAUGACUUCUGGCCAGGAGGGCGCCCCUGAGAAGCCGGCCGCAGGGGAAGCAAAGUUUGGGGAUAGCUGAGGAGCCCUGCGCUGCGGUCCUUCCAGCCCAAUCACCCCCUGGCUAUGGGGGGCGGACUCUAAGAUGAAUCCCGACCUGGACCCCGGCCACAACAUAUCCGCACCUGCCCCCUGGGCAGAGCCUAAAGAUGCUGGCCUCGCCGGCCCCAACCAGACCUCCGGCAACUCCACGCUACCCCAGCUGGACGUCACCAGGGCCAUCUCCGUAGGCCUAGUGCUGGGUGCCUUCAUCCUCUUCGCCAUCGUGGGCAACAUCCUGGUCAUCUUGUCUGUGGCCUGCAACCGCCACCUACGCACGCCCACCAACUACUUCAUCGUCAACCUGGCCAUCGCUGACCUGCUGCUGAGCUUCACCGUUCUACCCUUCUCCGCCACCCUGGAGGUGCUGGGCUACUGGGUGCUGGGGCGCAUCUUCUGUGACAUCUGGGCCGCUGUGGACGUCCUGUGCUGCACGGCCUCCAUCCUGAGCCUGUGCGCCAUCUCCAUUGAUCGCUAUAUUGGGGUGCGCUACUCCCUGCAAUACCCCACACUAGUGACUCGCCGGAAGGCCAUCUUGGCGCUGCUGGGUGUCUGGGUUCUGUCCACGGUCAUCUCCAUCGGGCCCCUGCUGGGCUGGAAGGAGCCAGCACCCAACGACGACAGGGAAUGCGGGGUGACAGAGGAACCUUUCUAUGCUCUUUUCUCCUCCCUGGGCUCCUUCUAUAUCCCCCUUGCAGUCAUCCUGGUCAUGUACUGCCGAGUCUACAUUGUGGCCAAGAGGACCACCAAGAACCUGGAGGCUGGGGUCAUGAAAGAGAUGUCCAACUCCAAGGAGCUGACCUUGCGGAUCCAUUCCAAGAACUUUCACGAGGACACGCUCAGCAGUACCAAGGCCAAGGGCCACAACCCCCGGAGUUCCAUUGCUGUUAAACUUUUUAAGUUCUCCAGGGAAAAGAAGGCAGCCAAGACCUUGGGCAUUGUAGUGGGCAUGUUCAUCUUGUGUUGGCUACCCUUCUUCAUCGCACUACCACUGGCACCUGCUUCAUCUCUACCACCCACAUAUGUACAAGUGGUCCCAGCACUCCAGGACUCUCCUGUGAUAGGCUCCCUGUUCUCCACCCUGAAGCCCCCCGACGCCGUGUUCAAGGUGGUGUUCUGGCUGGGCUACUUCAACAGCUGCCUCAACCCUAUCAUUUACCCGUGCUCCAGCAAGGAGUUCAAGCGCGCCUUCAUGCGCAUCCUAGGCUGCCAGUGCCGGGCGCGCCGCCGCCGCCGCCGCCGCCUGGGCGGCUGCGCCUACACCUACCGGCCCUGGACGCGCGGGGGCUCCCUGGAGCGCUCGCACACGCGCCGGGACUCUCUGGACGACACCCGCAGCUGCCUGAGCGGCAGCCAGCGGACCCUGCCCUCCGCCUCGCCCAGCCCCGGCUACCCGGGUCGCGGCGCGCCGCCGCCCGUCGAGCUGUGCGCCUUCCCCCGCUGGAGGGCGCCCGGCGCGCUGCUCGGCCUCCCCGCGCCCGAGCCCCCGGGCCGCCGCCUGGCCCCGGGCCCGCUCUUCACCUUCCAGCUGCUGCCCGAGCCCCCCAGCCCCGGCCCGGAAGGGGGUGCCGGCCGCGGGGACUGCGAACCCGACGUGGCCAAUGGGCAGCCGGGCUUCAAGGCCAACAUGCCCCUGGCGCCCGGGCAGUACUAGGCCGCGGGCCGGGGGAGGGGCGCGGGCCUAGGGGCCACCGCUUUCUGGCAGGGGUAUGGGUGCCAGGGGCCGCGGAGAGCCGGGCCGAGCAUGCUGAGCGCGGGGUGGGUCUCGCCGCCCGCUCCGCGUCCAUAUAUACACGAGUCCCCUGUCCUUGUAUGUAGCCGUGGGUACGCGCGUGUGUCUGUGCCGGGUACGUGUGUCUGUCUGCAUGUGAGCGCGGGGGCGAAUGUGCGCCCGGGCCCCCCUGUACUCUGUCACCGGACGGUGGCGCUGCGGCGGCGGGGUUGGGGACCACGUCGGACAUUAAAGGUCAUUCCUCCUGUG